AUGGCGGCGGCGCGGCGCUGGGCGCGGCCAGAGGAGGGGCCGCGGGAUGGUGCCACGCGCACGGGGCAGGGCGCGGGGGCGGCGCUCGCGGCCCCGGCGUCCAGCGCGGUCUCCAGGGCGCGCCAGGGGUGCCAAGGGCCGGCGGCAGGCGGGGCGACGGUCGGGGCGCGCCAGGGGCCGGUGGCCGGAGCAGAUCCGGCGGCGCCCGCGGCCCCGGCGUCCGGCGCGGACUCCAGGGCGCGCCAGGGGCCGGCGGUGGGCGGGGCGCGCCAGGGGCCGACGGCCGGAGAAGAUUCGGCGGCGCCCACGGCCCCGGCAGCGCCCGCGGCGGCGCCCGCGAGCAGGGGAGCAGCAGCCGCAGCGCUCUGCAGGGGACCCGCGAGCCCGGCGACGGCGCCCGCGCUGCAGGGGGGCCGCGGGCCCAGCAGCGGCGGCACCCGGCGCGGGCUCCAGUUGCGCGCCAGGGACCGUCGGGCAGGGCAGCGGCCGCAGCAGGGUAGGGAGGAGGGAAGGAAAGGAGGAAAGGGCCGGCGGCCGGCCGGCCAUGGGGCGGCAACGGCAGCACAGGGUCUAGGCGGCGGCGGCCAUGGAGAGGAGAGGGGUGGCUGA